GUAGUAGUUAGCUGCAGCAGGCCAGCAGCCAUGGCGCUUACACCUGUGUUCUUCCUCGUGGCCUGCUGUCUCUCGAGCGUGGUGAGCAGCUCAUCUGCAGGCUGCUCGCAAUCGCGCCGCAGCUUCACCUCCAUAUUCACCCUUGGGGACUCGUACAUCGACACCGGCAACUUCGUGAUCAUGGCGGCGCCGGUGAUCCCGGUGUUGAUCGACAAGCCCCCCUACGGCAUCACCUUCAAUUCGGCCGCCCUACAGGGCGCACCAGCGACGGAAGGGCCAUCACAGAUUUCAUGGGCAGCUGAGGCGUUUGGCAUCCCGUUUCUCCCGGCUUCGGACGUCUCGCGGGGCGUCAACUUCGCCGUCGGCGGGGCGACGGCGAUCGACGUGGGCCUUCUUCGAGAGGAACAAACUCCAUAGUUGCAUGCGAUGCUUAUUUUGUGUACUACGUACUACCGACGAUUUAUUUGCUGCGGGGUCUUCUUGUGGGGAAUGUUUCAGCAAAUCACUUUUCUUGGUCGGGGAGUUUGGCGUCAACGA